AUGGCAGGCACUUGUUCGAUGCUCUGUUUGAUCGUUAUCACUCUUUUCAUUCCUCCCCUUGGAGUUUUCCUCAUUUCUGGGUGUGGAGUGGAUUUUUGGAUUAACGUCCUCCUCACAAUUCUUGGAUACUUCCCAGGCCACAUCCAUGCGUUCUACAUGGAAUACGUCUAUUACCAGCGCCGCAAACAAGAUCCGAUGACUCGCGCGACACAACGACCCGCUCCAGGUGUCUACUCGCAGCGUGUGCAAAAUGGUGGCCGCUCAGAUCGCAGUUACGGCACCAUUUAG